AUGGGCCGAGAAGGCAGCGCGAGCGAUGGAGCGUUCAUCUUCUCCCAUCGUACACUGCCCUCCGACCCCCUCGCAAUCUGGGAGUAUUGCGUGCGGGAAGGCCCGAGCCUCGAGGGAUCCCUCUGCCGCUUCGACGUCAAGAGCGGAAGGUACGCCUUUCGCUAUGACGCCAUCUACAUCAUGGCGAAUCCUCAGGAUCCGCACCACAUCUACAUCGUACCUGGACAGACCUGGCUCGAGGCCUUGCAUACGUUCGCGGAUGGCUCGUCGUGGAUCCUGAGGCAGUGCGCCGUCGAGCUCGAUCAUGUGCCCACCGCUCUGGAGUCGCUCUUCGACGCCUGCCAGUCUACGCGGGAAUUCCUCUCGACGCCCUCCCAGCCACCCAGCGCUGCGAGGCCUCGCCGGUGGUACAGGAAUCCCUCCACCGGCGUCGAGUUCGACGGUUGGUCCGUACCCCCGCCGUCUGACGCUGCACAGUUCACGUACAUACGCCACCCGUGGAAGCGGUCGUCGGAGCAAGCCAUCCUGCGCAUGUACAAGCACCUCGACGGGCAGCCAGACAUCCGCCUCCUGGACAACCCGCUGAAGCCGCUCAUCGCGGACAAUGUGAUCACGUGCACUGACCCUCAGGCCGGUUCGUCGCGACAGUUCUUCGUCGAGCACAAGAUGAGCACAAAGGAAAGGACGCUGGACCGCUUUGCACUUGCAACCUCGAAUUGGCACGUGCUGAUAUCGCAGGUUGCGCGCCCGCAGUCGGACUUUUACCGUCUUCUUUUCGCGGGAUCCUCCGAACCGACACGCCGUCUGACAGAGGGUGAGGUUGGCGCCGCGCUGACGGAGAACUUGCGCGAGCGUGGGAAGGAACUGCACAGGAUCAUGCACGACAGGUGGUGUACCUCGCCGGGAAGUGAUCACGCCGAUGACGAAACAGACUCGGACGACUACGACAACGAUGACUCUGAUGACCACGACGACGACGACGACGACGACUACGAUGACGAUGGGCCAAGCGCGUUUCUCGAACCUCUUCUCGAGGAAGAGGAAGUUGCCGGGCGUAGGGAGGUCGAGAAUGCUUCUGAUGAGGACAGUGGAGACGCGAAUGACGAGGUGAGCGAGCAGCAGAGCAGGAAGUGGCGGGUCAACUGUGACAGGAGCGAAACGCGCACGUACGAGACGCUCAACGAUCAGUCCUGGUAUCUAGGCCAGCACGUGUGUCUCCGCGCGCAUUCGGGCAGCUCCCACGGCACCUUGGUCUUCGUCGAGCACGUCUGGAGCGAACGUGACAAGGCCGCAUACGCGCGGCGCCGAACGCUGCCGCAGCCUAGCUUGGACAGCCGGCAGGUACCCAUUGCUUUUGGCCGGCGCUUGUACGACUUCCCAAACGGAGAACGCCAGUACUUGUUCACGACCGCGUUGCAGCAUCGCUGCACAAAGAUCAGGACGCUUUACAUGCUCUCCGGCCCCACCGCCAACGGCCGUUCCCUAGACGAGGCCAAGCUCACCCUGCACUGUCAGGAUCCAACGGACGGGCGGUGCGCCCAGUGCGAUGAACAGCAUGCUCACGUGCAACGCUGCGCGGGCGACAACGUCCACAGCUUCCCUGCCGGGACGGGUACCCACCCAGAAGUGUUGAGUCGCAUCGGCAAGUGCCUAGGAGCCUUUGGCAUAAGAGAUGGUGGGGUGUGGCAGAGGUGUGCAGACCUGCUGACGGAGGAGCACACGUACAAGGCGUACACCCUGUCGCAGCUGCUCCAGAGCACGUGGAAGCACGGCUUGAGGAGACCGCAGCAACUCUGGCCGCUGGCCGCUGCCCAGUCUCAGCCGCGUUGGGCGCCGUGCCACGCGUGCUGGGCUGCCGGGCAGCUGUGCGACGCAUCCCCCGAGGCGUGCGGCAGGUGCCAGAGCAUCGGGCUCGAGUGCGUCCGCAAGCGCUGCCAGUUCUUCCGCGAUCCGGAAGCGUGCGGCGAUUGGUGGUGCUCAGAGGUCCACGAAACCGACGAGUAUCGUCUCCUGACCGACGAACCGCGAGCCCUGCACGGAUUCGACGCGAAGCAGGCCGCCGAGAAGAAGGCGGCCCUUGCUCGCCGCAUCCCAGUGUGCAACCACUGCUGGAGUAACGGUUGGCAAUUGCUCUGCUCCAGGGCAAAGGUCUGCCACAUGUGCAAGCUGUACAGCACGGACGGCGCUUGCGUUCGGACGUGGUGCCGCAAGGCCGAUGAGUGCGUCAAACUGCUAUGUUCCUACGCUCACGAGGAGUGGGCCGUAGCGUGCGAUGUCCAGUGCGACGAGUACAUGCCCCGCAAGAAGGGCCUUCCCACCGGGGUCAGACUGAGUCACGAAUCCAAGAAGCAAAUCGCCGCGGAGAGGGGGCGAGUUCUACGGACGAUCGAGAUCAAGUCUGCCCGUUACUACGACAUCCCACGACCCACGCAGCCAGCGAGCAAGGAAGCAUGA